CUCGACCGAACAAGGUGUGUGCUUGGUGCGUUCCGCUGUAGGUUUGCAACAAUUUUCACACAAAUUUCAAAGUCGAGUUUUGAAAUAUUACUUGAAUAAUAUCAGUGUUAAAUUAUUUGAAUCCACUUCCAUCGAAACUCAAGUGUAAAGUGAAACUGAAAGUAAGUGCGUAGGCAAAGCUGAGACUGACAGUGGCAAAAUCCGAUUGAACUGGAAAAUUUCCUUGUUCGAUCGCCAUCUUUUUUUCAUUGUGUGUACCCCAAAGCGGAGCACCAGCAGCGCAGAAGUAGCACCACCAGUUUUUCCUACCCGUUCCCGGUAACCAGCCGCAACAUACCCUCUCAACGCUUAAACGUUCCAUCACGUUGCAUUCGCUGAAAAUUGCUGUAAAACCGUGAGAGAGGAAAUAUAGUGCUGCGGCAUUAUACCUAUCAAGCAUAAGCGGAGACGGAAAAAACUAUAGUGAAGAGUGCUAUAAUAGUGAACCGUUGCAGCAGUAUUAAAGUUUCCUGCGCUAACUUGUUUCUGUCGGCUUUACAGGGAAGAGAAAGCUCGAGUAGUUUAACAACAUGCAAUUCCAAAACAGCAGCCAACCCCAUCCGGGAAGUUUCCGUCCACGCAGCGAUAAACCGGACUUCUACGGUGGUGGUGGCGGUGGACCCGGCGGUAAGCCGCAUUUUAUGAGCAAACCAGGUGGUCCUCCAUCAAUCCCACCGUUUAACCCGAAUGGUUUCGGUGGACCCAAACCAAUGUACGGCGGUGGCCCCAACGGUCCGUCCGGUGGUCCCGGUGGAUUCAACAAGUUCCGUAAUAGCAACAAUUUCGGUGGACCCGGCGGUGUUGGAGGAAUGCCAAUAAAGAAGGAAUUUGGUGGACCUAAACUGUACGGUGGUGGUCCCGGUAUGAAUGGUAAUGGAAAACCGUUCUUUGACAAGCCACUGGAUUCGUUCGGAGGCCCCAAAAAGUACAAUUCCAUGCCAAAUUCGUACAGUAAUCGAAACGGUUAUGGUCCAAAACCGGAUUUUAACAAUAUGAGUAAAGAAGACCGAGCCAAAAUCCAAUCGCUGAAGGCGAAAUUUCCUGGACAAGCUUUGGUUCCACCAAUCUGGGAAGAUCUGGAACCAUUCCAGAAAGAUUUCUACGUACCACAUCCAAACGUGCUGGCACGUGCUCCAGAAGAAGUUCAGGCUUUCCGUGAACGAAUGCAAGUCACUGUUAUGGGUAACAGUGUACCGCACCCUGCGCAGAACUUCGAAGAGGGAAAUUUCCCGGACUUCGUAAUGAAUGAAAUCGAAAAACAAGGAUUCCCAUCUCCGACAGCCAUUCAAGCGCAAGGUUGGCCAAUUGCAUUGUCUGGUCGGGAUUUGGUUGGCAUCGCCCAAACUGGAUCCGGUAAAACGCUUGCCUAUAUGUUGCCCGGAAUCGUCCACAUUGCCAACCAGAAACCACUGCAAAGAGGUGAAGGACCCAUCGUUCUGGUACUGGCUCCGACCCGUGAGUUGGCUCAACAAAUUCAAACCGUAGUGAGAGAUUUCGGUACCCACUCUAAGCCGCAAAUUCGGUAUACGUGCAUUUUUGGUGGCGCCCUGAAAGGACCUCAGGUUCGUGAUUUGGAGCGCGGUGUUGAGGUGGUUAUUGCAACCCCCGGUCGUCUAAUCGACUUCCUGGAGCGUGGCAUUACUAACCUUCGCCGGUGCACAUACCUUGUGCUGGACGAGGCCGAUCGUAUGCUGGACAUGGGUUUCGAACCUCAGAUUCGAAAAAUUAUCGAACAGAUUCGACCGGAUCGGCAGGUACUGAUGUGGUCCGCAACUUGGCCCAAGGAGGUGCAAGCUCUGGCGGAAGAUUUCUUACAUGAUUAUAUCCAGAUAAACAUUGGAUCCCUCAAUCUAUCUGCAAAUCAUAACAUUCAUCAAAUUGUCGAUAUUUGUGAAGAGAAUGAAAAAGAAGGCAAACUUCUUGCCUUGCUGAAGGAGAUAGCCAGUGAUGCUAACAAUAAAAUCAUAAUCUUCGUGGAAACGAAAAAGAAGGUCGAAGAUUUACUUAAGAAUAUUGUGAGAGAUGGUUAUGGAGCAACCUCGAUUCAUGGAGACAAAUCCCAAUCGGAGCGUGAUUAUGUGUUGCAAGACUUCCGACACGGAAAGAGUACCAUUCUGGUGGCUACGGAUGUGGCAGCCAGAGGUUUGGACGUUGAAGACGUGAAGUAUGUUAUCAAUUUCGACUAUCCCAAUUCGUCGGAGGAUUAUAUUCAUCGAAUUGGUCGUACGGGACGUUGUUCUUCCUUUGGAACGGCUUACACUUUCUUCACCCCGGGUAACGGUCGACAGGCAAGAGAACUGCUCUCGGUCCUGGAAGAGGCCGGUCAACAGCCUACGACGGAGCUGAUUGAAAUGGCUAAACAAGUUCCCGGCGGAAAGGGUGGUCGCUGUCGGUACAAUGUGCGUGGAGCCCUGACUUCCAAUAACUACGGCUACGGUCGUCCGGAUCAGAAUGGUUUCGGUGGCUCGAGGAUGUUCCCGAAAAAACCUUUCGAAAAUCGUUUUGGUGGACCCCCAAGUAACGGUGGUCCUGGAGGAAACCGUUUUAAUAACAUGAACGGUCCUAGUAAGUUUGGAGGACCCGGUGGAUAUCGUAACGGAGGAGAUAGCUGGAACAAGAACGGCGGUGGUGGUGGUGGCUACCAACAGCAGCAGCAGCCACAGCAACCUCAACCACAACAGCAAACCGGAGGUCAACAACUGUACGAGCCUCACCAGCAAAUGCGAUUCCAUCCGAAAAAUGUUUAUCAGAACCAUAAUCAGUAUGAAGAUUUUUCCAACCAAAUAGUUGGAGGUGCACCGCAAGCUUUCGGUGGUCAUAACGGAACACGUUUUUACCCAAAUAAGCCCCAUCAGGGUGCUGGUGGUAUGCAACAAUCUCAGCCAGGUGGUCGCUACAAUCCGAAUAACCAAUACAACACGGAAGGCGGUCCAAAGCCGGCCGGAGGUCGUCCGCCAUAUCAACCCAAACAGCAGUACAACAAUAACUAUGCUGCGGCAGGUACUGGCAACCCCUAUCCACCUCAGCUGGCUGCGGCUGCUGCAGCUGCUGCUGCCGCGGUUGGCGGAGGACAAACCAUUCCGGCGGCCGGAUUCGCUACCGGUUUCGACCCGCUCGGUGGUGUCCAGGGAGCCAUGGGUACUUUUGCCUCGUCUUAUCAGAUUCCAGCUGCCACGUACUAUUCGUACACUGCAACGGCUCCACCACCACCACAAACCCAAGCUCCGCCGGUGGUUCCUCCCGUUCAACAAGCUGACGACGGGCGACAGAUGGGUUCGUACUCGCCGGCCGGCAUGGUACCGUGUCAGCUGGUGUCGGUGGAGGAUUAUCCCCACGGUUGUUAAGCCGUAAGGGCGGAUAUCAAAAGAAAAACAAAAUACUUUCUUUUUUUAAAAACAAUCGAUGGCUUAAUAUGUAUGUAUGAAUGUGGAUGACGGUGAGAAGGAGAGGGGUCAGUUGGUAAAAAUUGUGAUUCUUCCAAGCUAUUUUCCUCACGAAGCAAACUGGACAACCUCUUGGACAAGACAAGCUACGUGAAGCAGCUGCCGGCAGGUGUGUAUGGGUUUUGGGAUGUACAGGUUCAGCUCUCACUCUCUUGAUUAUGUGGGAGUUAUAAAACGAAGGAUUAUUUUGUUUAAUAGCUAACAGCUUCAAUUCCGUAUUUCUAUUACGAAUAUGUUAUUCAGCAAACAUGAUUUGUGUACAAAGAGCAAUUAUCAAAGAAUAAAAAAUGUUGAAUAUUUAUAUUUGAUGGUGAAAAAUUUGGAACAGAAGUUGUACUUUGAUCUGUUCCUAAAUUUUGGAGGAAAAAUAUAAAAUGCCUACUAGUUAAUGCCACAGUAGCAAGCUCUUUUUUUAACAUCAAUUAGUCAUAACACAAUUGAUAGAGUCGAUUUUGAACGAAUUGAGUUAUUUUAGGUAAAUAGGAGCAAGGCAUUUUUACUAUUAGUAAUAGAAAAUCUUUUUCAUAGAAAAUGUCGACGUUUGAUGUUUGAAGUUUUGAUGGAUCUUAUUAUAUUUCACUAUUUAAAAAAAAUUAACACUGGGUUCACAGUUUAAUCCACCGUUUUACCAAAUUUUUCGCGUUUUGUAUAAUCCAUGUCAGAGAACAGAAGCCCCGUUAACCCGGAUGCAAUACGUAUGAGGAAAAAGUUGUUCGCAACUUGAGAUUCGACGUAAACAAAAAAGCAACUUUCAAUUUAUCCUUAUGCAUCACACUUUAACGUUACUACUGCCUACUUCUACAAUUAACAUAAUACAAGUGUAAUAAUCGCAAUCUUAGCAGAUUUUUGUACUCAAAUGGACAAAUAGUUUCAACUAUUUCGAAUACUAUUUUGCUGAAAUUGUUCCUGACAAGUUGAAAUCAAGUUGAAAAAAUAUUAUGCAACUAACCAUUGAUUCUUAACAAUCGUAAACAUUUGAAGUCUACUUUUCGGUGGCUUUUAACUUCCGCCACCUUAUCUGGUUGAAAACAUGCCAAAACGGUGAAUAAUAAGCUAGCAGCAAAUAGAUAAUAGUUUUCCAAUGUUGGCUACGUCCAGCAUAUGCGACUUUUCUAAAUUUAACAUUAGAGUUUUUGGUAUUUAACGAACUUGUUAACUCUUAAAUACCAGUCUAUAAGUAGUGGUGAAAAAAAACAGAAAAUUUCGCCUUUUGUCUGAAUGAAAGCUGUCCUAUUGCGUUUAGAUACACGACAGUACGAACCCACUCGUCGUCAGUUUUUGUUUCGCAUAGGGCAAAGUACGAAAAACAUAUGUGAUAAAAAACAAAACAAACAAGCUAAACAAAGUCGAUCAACUGAAUUAUAAAAUACGCGUCAACUGUUGCAAUCAAUCAAUCAUUGACUUUAAUUGAGUAAUGAACCUUCCUACACAAGUACACAAGAGAUAACGAAGAAAGCAAAAUCACAUUAACAUCGUUAUGCGCGCGAUGUGACACACACAACGCGGAAAUAGAUCGACUUCAUGUAGAGGCCACCCACGAAUCCUUCGUGAGAACGCGAGCAAAAUAAUAUAACUUGUGAUAAAUAUUUUCUACAAAAUAUGUACGUAAGCACCAGCGAGAAAACAACGCAAAACAUUAUUGAUAUCGUUUUGUGUUAGUGGUGUUUGUUGAUCCAUCCUGCCAAUUGCUGCGCGAUGGUUGCGAAUUACAAAGGAAACCUGAAGUUGCAUCUUCAGAAAGAAAAUCAGAUAUGGACAAACGUAUCAAGUAAAAGAGGUAGAUUGAUGAACCAAAACUAAAGUUAGAGCAAUAGAGAUGCCGAGCGUUUGAGACUUUUCAUGAGUUAUACCGCGAGAGAACAAAAUCGAGCAAUACGAAAAAGAAAGUUGAUAAAUUAGGGCGAUAGAAAGCCUCCAGUAAGCAAGAGAUAAUGAUAUAUAACGAAAGAGCAGAUAAGGAGCUACAAUCAUUAAUUGAGUAAAUAAUAACAAACACACAAUGAAGGCAAGAGACUUGAAACUUUUUUGUUUUAUUCUCAAAUUUGUGAUAUUCGUCGAUUUUAUUGUUCGUUAAGUUACUAGAGAGACAUACGCACAUACACUGACAUAUUAAAAACAAAGUAAAAUGCGCGAAUCGAAUAGCUUAUGUUUUUUAGGCAGUUUUGAAAUGAAUGGUGUGUGAAACAGCCGAUUCGUCUCUAUCUCAAACGUAAACUACGUAGUAAUUUUAGAGGUCACAUUCCUUUAAAAUAAACGAUCAUUGUUUAGCUGGGCACGGCAGGGGGCGCCUUCCGAAGAGCCGGUCCUCUUUCCGUACAGACCCUCAGCUGAAAAAAACAAUGCGUAAUUUCUCAUUAAUAAAACACUCACUUCAGUACCUGUCGUUUAAGGAAAGCAAAACAAGGAAAACGCGCGCGAGCAUCCAGGAAAUCUAAUAGUAAAUGAAAACCAGCGAAUGAUUAGAAAGACGAAUUUUAAUUUAAGCAUGAUCAAUCUGAAGGUAAUGAAGAUAUUGAAACUGUUUCAAAAGUAAUGAUAUAACAUUAAACAAACAGUAAUCAACAGUCGUCAGUUGAAGACAGUAGUAGCAAAACAAGAAAAAAUCGCGAGCAAGGAUUUCCUUCACACAAAUCUAGUCUGAUUCAAUGUUGUUUUAUUUGUAUUUUUUACGAUAUUUAUCCUGCAUCGAUGGGAAGUCCAAAAUGUGAUACAAACAAAUCGGUCAACCGUUCUGACGGUUGUGAUAUAAAUAUUCUUUAUUUCGUAAAGAAAAUCGAAGAGAUGAGACUUAAAUCACGUAAAAACGCGAAAAGUUUAAAACUAGUAUAAACCAAACCUAUAAUAAAAUUUAGGAAAACAAGAAUGACACCAGCAGCGCGACAGUACUGUUAGAAUAUUCCUACAUAAGUGAAAACUUGGUGCGUUUUCCCUUUCCAAAGGCUAAACAGUAUUUUUUCACACGCAAUUCGCCGGCGCAAAUGUUAUUAAAUAACAAUCGAUAGCGAUAUUUAAUAGCAAGCUACUACAUACAAGAACACAAAAAAGGAAAGAAACCCAUAACCAAAUUGCCUUUAAUGAACUGUGAUCGAUAUUCAAUCUCGUCUCGUUCCUUUUUCUCUCUCAUUACUUUGUUAUGUAAAAGGAUAAAAUAUCGCGAAACAAGAGAAGAAACUCAUUUUCACAUGCUCUCAUUUGUUAUUAUCACCUACAAACUAAACUUUUUCGUUAAUUUACAAUGACUAAUAAGUACUAGAACAAUACAUUCGUGUGUGUGAUUCGGAGUUGUUUAUACUCUGGCUGACUGAUUAUUGUUGUUUAUAACUACUAGUUAGAAAAUGACAAAAUACAUUUAAUUGACACGAGAAAUGUAUGCCAAAAGUAUUCAUAUUGAUACACGAGACAAAAACUGAUAAAAUUAUGUUUAAAUCGAAAAAUUAAAAUUCGUCAAAUUGUUCCUAGCAAAAACCACGUGGUUUAUAUUUUAGUUUUCUUUAAGCUAGAAUCGUUAAACAAAACAAUUCGAUCGAGAAAAAAUCUCAAACUUUUUGAGACCCGGUUACAAAAUACACAAAUGAAAUGCAAUAAAACAAAAAAGUUAACCAGCAAACUUUCUUUCAUGGCCGAUGUAGGUAUCGAGAGUUGACGUGCAAAUCUACGAUCGUUGAUUUCGGUCGGUCGGAUUGGGUCGAUUCAGAUAAACCAGAAAAUAAAAGAAACAGCCAAUCGGCACCUAACUGUUGUUGUGCUACCACCUCCAAACAAACCCAAAUCGAAAAUUCAUUUAAUGAAAAAUUAGUUGCCAGAUUUGUGCUGUUACACCUUUUAAGCUGGUGAAAAUCUGUGAUCCAUUUGAUAGGUAAUUAAAACGACAACGUGUAGAGAAUGGGGAGGAAACAAGAAAUCAUUAUCAACUUGAAGAUGAAAAAUCUCGCAUCUGUGAAAAUGACAAACGCGAAAAUAACAACACAUAAGAUACAAAACAAUUCGGGUAACCUUGUAAUAUUGUUGUAUAAUGAGCGGUCGUUCAAAACGGGGACAACCUUUGUUCUCCCAAAAACCUUUCGAAACGCUUCCAUUUCCAUCUGACAUCCGGUUACAGUUGUUCGCAUCUGGACCUUUCCACAUUCCCAUAACAGAAUAAGUUCACUCUCUCUCUCUCUCACUUUUCCUCCUGCAAUGGUAGUCCUGUUGGAACGACCCAAUACCAGAAACGGUAGAUCUAUUGAAAAUCAUCCCAUUUUUCCAAUGUAGGUAAGUCUUGUGCAAAUUUGGUGCAUCAUGAUAGCCGAUGCUAAUGAUUGAUAAAAUCAAUUUUACAAAAUAAAACAGAAAUGAACGCUCGCCUCUCUAAUAUACAGAAAACAAGCAAACAAACAUAAAAUCAAGAGAAACAUAUGUAAAACGAGGGAAAAUCUAAUGCAAAAACGGGAAGAACACUUUUUAUUUACAUACAUAAGGAGAAGGUAACAUUUUUUUUGUUGUGAUACUAUUUUUCACACAAACACAUUUUCGUAACCCGCAGUGGAACUAAAUAUAACGUUAAGAGAAUUUUUUUUUGAAAAUGCAUGAAAAACGUGUCACGGUGUGUGUCAAGAUAAACACGAUGGGGCUAAGAGAAUAAUGCGCUUUCGAUAAGACGAAAACCCGACGACGUCAGCAGUGCUCCUCCCCCAAAAGGAGAUGCCGACGGACUGUGCAUGCAAAGCGUAAGCCCCUUUUGGCUUCUACUACUAUUACUACACACAGAUACUGCUUAGAGAAAUAAAAUAUACGAAGUUCUUUAAUGUAACCGUUUAAUGAACUGUAGCAAAACUAAUAAAACUAUCAUAUUUAAUGGGCAA